UCUCCUUUAUCAGAUGAUCACAAUAAAAUUUUUCCAGGCAUUUACCAGCAGAAAAAGGCAUGGCAUACAAUUAAAACCAUGGUUAACUUACCAGUCAUCAGCCCCUUCAAGAAACGCUACUCGUGGGUGCAGCUGGCUGGGCAUACAGGGAGUUUCAAGGCAGCUGAUAGUGGGAAGAUUCUCAAGCGCUUCUCAGAGAAUGAAAAGGAGUGUUUUGAGCGAUUGAUGAAAGACCCGCUACGCUCCUGUGUCCCUUGCUUCCAUGGUGUGGUGGAGAGAGAUGGCGAGAGCUACAUUCAGCUGGAUGACUUGCUUACUGAUUUUGAAGGGCCUUGUGUGAUGGACUGCAAGAUGGGGAUCAGGACAUAUCUGGAGGAGGAGUUGACUAAGGCCCGUGAGAAACCAAAGCUGCGUAAGGACAUGUACAAGAAGAUGAUUGAAGUGGAUCCCCUUGCUCCCACAGCUGAAGAGAAUGCCCAGCAUGCUGUCACCAAACCCCGAUACAUGCAGUGGAGGGAAACCAUCAGCUCUAGUGCCAACCUGGGCUUCAGGAUUGAAGGGAUUAAGAAGGCAGAUGGAACAUGUAACACAAACUUCAAAACUACGAAGACACAGGAGCAAGUUCUACAGGUUUUUGUGGAAUUCAUUGAGGGCAACACAACUAUUCUGAAAAAAUACCUCAAGCGUCUGCAGGAAAUUCAUAUCGUUCUUGAAUCCUCAGACUUCUUCAAGCGACAUGAGGUCGUUGGAAGUUCACUACUUUUUGUACAUGAUGGCAGUGGGAAUGCCAAUGUGUGGCUGAUCGAUUUUGGAAAGACCACCCUUCUCCCUGAUGGGCAGACACUGGAUCACAGGAUCCCCUGGCAAGAAGGCAACAGGGAAGAUGGGUACUUGUUGGGAUUGGACAAUUUGAUCGGCAUCUUGGAAAGCAUCACUGAAAGAUGA